AUGUCUUCGUCUGUGAAACCACAUCUUGAAGAGGAGCUCCUUCUCCCAUACACUCAUGUUAUCCAGAAUUCUAGCAAGGGUUUCCGUAGUAGGAUCGCGGAGGCGUUUAAUCAUUGGCUAAAAGUGCCAGAUGACAAAAUGCGGGAAGCUGCUGAAAUUAUUAAGAUGUACAGUGAUUGUAGUCUUAUUUUAGACGACGUCCAAGACAACACAACGAUACGCAGAGGCAUCCCCGCGGCGCACUGCGUGUAUGGCGUGCCAUGGGCCAUCAAUACUUCCAUCCAUGUAUUCACCUUGCUGAUGGUCAAGUGCUGCAAGUUGGGUGAAAAGGCACAGCGGAUAUUUUCAGAGCAUUCGUUAGAACUAUUACGGGGUCAGGGCAAGGAGAUAUAUUGGAGGGACAGUUUCAUUUGUCCCUCUGAAGAGGAGUACAAGACUAUGUUGGAACAAAGUGAGUGA